AACAAGAGCUAGCGAUUAUAGGUUGGAGAGCUCUCAUUCCUGGCGUCUUUAAAAAGCCCCAAUGCCCACGGCAAAUAAAAGAUGCCAAGAGAAAAAUAAGAAAGAGAGAGAGAGAGAAUAUUAUUAGACAUAAAGAUAAGAGGCAGAUCAGAAGCAUGGCUUCUAGGGAGCAUAAAAGAGCAGCGCUGAAUGAGAAGUUGCAACAGCUUCGUGCUGCCACCAACUCUAGCGCUAUGAACAAAGCCUCAGUUAUAGUAGAUGCAUCCAAAUAUAUAAAGGAGUUGAAGCAAAAAGUGGAAAGACUGAAUCAAGAUAUUGGAGCUUCAACAAAUCCAUUGCCUGCGGUUACCGUGGAAGCCCUAGAAAGGGGUUUCCUUAUAAAUGUUUUUUCAGGAAAAAAUUGCCCCGGUUUGCUAGUCUCAAUACUAGAAGCCUUCGAGUUGCUGGCUCUGGAUGUGCUCGAUGCUAGGGUUUCUUGUUCAGACGUUUUCCAGUUAGAAGCAGUUGGAGGAGAAAAUACAGAACACAUUGAAAGCUUAGAUGCUCAAGUGGUGAAGCAAGCAGUGGUGGAAGCAAUCAAGAACUGGAGUGAAAGUAGUGAGCAAUAAUUAAUAACCCGUCGAUCAUCCUAUUAAUUAAAUCCACUUUUUCCCUUUCCGUGUGGUACUGAAAAAACACUGUCCACCCAGGGGAACUUUUAGGAUCUUUUUCCUGUGCAUCGUUGAUCAUGAGUUCUCAACUAGUGUCAAGACACUAGCAAAUUCGAAAGCCAGAAAGUUUGUAGUACUUUCAUCCAAAAAAGCACAAUCGGGCAUUGCUGGUGAAGAAACCUAGUAUGCCUUUUUUUAAUAAUAAAAUAAAGUUAGUUGAUUUCUGUCCA